UGCAUGUCACAAUAAAAAUUAUUAAAUAUUUAAUUUCACAGUGUACUCCCUUAUAUUUUCAUUGGAUUAAUUUUUUUGCUGAUAAUUGUGCAGUGUUUAUCACUUUGUGUAUACUACAAGUAUUAUGUGUUAAGUGUAUUUAUUUUUUAUUUUAAUUAUUUUUGUGGUAAAGACUCUUUACGAUGCUAAAGAAGCCAAAGAAAAAAGUCGGUGAACCAGAAAAAUUAAUAUUGAAGAAGUUGGCUCAGGCUAAUCAAGUAAUCGAAGGUCAUCUCUUUCACAUAAAAGACUAUGUUUUCGAAAAAGGAAUACCAGUCGUCGUUGUAGAAUGCAACUACCGUCGUCAUCCCAAAGCUGAUUCCUCUUAUAUACCUUGCCCAGUUACGACCAGAAUUCAUCUAAAUGGUGACAUCGACCAAGUCGUCAACGAACACAACCAUCCGCAGGAUCCUAAUUUGGUUGAAGAAAGGAGUUUUCAUAAAGACGUAAAAAAGUUAGCACAAAAUAUUGGUGUAACGAUGCGCAAAAAUUUUGAUGAUGCUUUACAAAGGUAUAAUUAA